UUUACGACACCAACGUUUUCUAACGUAGUUUUGGCAGUGGAUUACGAAUUUGAAUGUUGAGCAAGUGUUUGAAGAGGCGUUUUUGAGGAACAUUUCAGCUACUGAUUGCUUGUGGUGAUGUUAAUGUCAGUUAAAACAUAAUAUUACUUAUAGUUUGCUCUAUAUCCGUGAAACUGGUCAUUAUAAAACCGGUUUCUAUUUUUGGGGGGCCUAUGAACUUUUAACAUUUCAUCUUAUAGUCCAUACACUCGGGUCGAUCCCGUAGAAACCUUUUUUGCCCGAAUUCACCCUUCAUAAUCAUUAACUACAUCAUUGUGCAAGUCAAAAAACUAGGGUGGGCAUCUGGGCGCGUGGUAGGUCUUCUGGAAAUCACAUCGAAAGAUAAACCCCUUUUGGUCGCUUUUUCGCUAACAAAACCUAUCAAAAGGCUUUGUGUGAGGUUUUUUGACCCUUUGCUUUGGAAGGGGGUCAUCCAAAUGAAAUGAAUAAACGUUCCUACUAUUAAAUGAAAAAUUACCUGAAAACGGCCUUGAAAAAUACAAACAUUUUACAACAUACUAAAAGCUUUUUCGUCUGACACUCCUCAGAGCAUAAAACUUUAGAAUCAGGUCCGAAAGAACACGAUGAAAAAUAUAUACCCAGUUGUGGAUCGAAAUAAGCCAAUCAGAAAAAUGCAAGCACAAGACCGGUAUAGUUGACCAAUCAGUGCCAUAAGCGUAAAGAAAAAUUACCACUUGAAUCCAAGAGGGAAAACGAACUCCUUCUGUCUACACAAUGGCGGCUUUUUCGUUUGGAUGUAGAUUGACUCCAAAACUGCUAGAUGGAAGGACGACCGGGCUCUGCCAAUUAUCCGAAACAUGUCGUCAUUAUAGAAUUUUGAUCAAUCUGGGAUGUCUAAAAGAUGUUGACCGAUGGCAGAAUCACUUGUUUUAACAUUUUUUCUAGACCUGCAAGAUCGUUUUAAGUUUUUCCAGUUCAGCGUGUAGUUUAGAUUUCGAGCAGAUGAGUGGUAGAUGCUCCAAACAUCUUUGUGAACUGUGUCAGAACUUUUUUAUUUGAUUACAUGUAACUACAUGUAACAGUUAAAAAUACAGCAUUUGAAAUUUUGGCUGUGAAUUAGAUUGAUUCUUUUGCUUUCAUCUACUAAAACCACAUUCAUAGAAAGGCAGUGAAGCAGAGUUAUCGAUGAAGUAUCUAGGGACAACCGGCAGGGCAAUGUUUCUUUUUCUGGAUUGCUGUAUAAAAAACUGUUAGGAGCAGGCUUGUUCCGAUGUGGUGAAUAUCGAUAUUGACCCGUGAAAACAAAUGGCGAAAAUCAAACAAUAUAAUUAAAUUGCACAUACCGAAAGCAGUUGACUAAACAAGAAAAUUUUUAUCAUGGAGGAAGAGCCUUUAAUGAAGAAAAAUGAAAGACAUUUACAUGACGAAUCCCGGUUAAGCGAGAUAUCUAGCAAUGAAGAUGUUGAGAUGCCUGAAGAUCACAAGCUAAGACAAAGGUCAAUGCGUGUCAUCUACUUGAUUUCCUUCUUUGGUGCAAUAGCGUAUACAAUUACAAUGCCAUCACUCUGGCCCUAUAUGAAAAAGCUUGAUCAGCUGGUGAAACCAUGGCAUUUUGGUAUUGCUAAUGGUGGCUAUAAUCUCGGGCAGCUGAUUGGUUUGGUUACUUUUAGUGCAUGGUAUCACACUCAUGGAGCCCGCGCGCCUCUUCUUGCCUGCAUCCUGCUCAAAUUCUCUGGAGAUUGCUUGCAUGCUCUUGCAGCAGCGUUUCCUGGAAGCAAUGGCGUAACCAUGCUUAUAGCGGCAAGAUUUGUAACCGGUUUGUCUAAUAGUCAAGUGGUUGUUUGUCGCACUGUCUUGGCACAAUCAUCAACUCUGAAGGAAAGAAAGAUAAUCUUUGCUUCCCUUUUCACAAUUUACGCAUUAGGAUAUGGACUUGGGCCAGGGCUACAAGCUGUUCUGGCAUUCAUUCUCAAAAAAGAAUAUCGUCAUUCGUUUAUCAUCCUAGACGCCUUCAACGCUCCUGGCUGGCUCGGAAUGGUUUUGCAAAUUAUCAGUUUCAGCUCUGUAUUGAUUUUAUUUAAAGAGUACAACUUAACCAGCGACAACGAGACGAAAACAGGUGACUUGCCAAAACCAGAUACUUUUGCUCUGAUUUUGGUCGCAGGUUCCUAUUUUAUCAUCUACAUGGUGUUUGCAGCAGUUGAGACGCUGACAGCUCCUCUAAUGGCAGAUGAACUAGCAAUGACAAAACACGCGACAGUUUUCAAUGCUGGCAUCCUGUUAUCUUCCCUUGGACCUAUUGCAAUUAUGUCACUUGCUUUUGUCAAGUGCACAUCCAAAAGAAUGAGUGAAAGGCAAGUGAUUUUGGUAGGAUGUACGGCUGCAUUGGUAGGCUUUAUCGUAUUUUUACCCUGGGGAAACACAUAUCCAAUUCUUCAAACAACAGAGUUUGUCAAAGUUGGAAAUCUGACUCAAUUUCGUUUGAAAGAAGGUUGCCCAGCAAAGUAUCAGUGGUGCAAAAAUACACCUAAAAUACACCUUGGACAAUUAAUAAUUGCUGAAUUGAUGGCUUUGAUUGGCUACACAUUGCCAUAUCUAGUUAUAAAUGGACUGUUUUCAAAAGUUGUUGGUCCAAGAAAGCAGGCGUUUUACCUUGCUAUGCUGUCUAUAUGUGCGUGUGUAUCAGCAAUUCUAUCACCAAUACUACUGGCGUAUAUUUACGAACAUUUGGGACCCAGAUAUGUAUUCAUUACAACAGCUUCCGUUUUAUCACUUUUUAUUUUAGUCUUCACUUAUUUUUUUAGCAGACUAGUACCUUUUGAAGAAUACAUCAAGAAAAACGAAAAUAUGGAAAUCAAAGUCUUUGAACUUUGUUAGAUUUCUUUGACUAACAAAAAUACUGUUUUAAUGAAACGUUGUGUUGAUUUCUAGUUUAUCGGCUUUUCCUUGAUUUAUCAAUUUAGCAGUUAAGGAAUGUAACGCAAAGAGUGAACUUUUAGAAAGGAUAUUAGGGUAAAUGUAAAGAAAGUCGUUUACACAACCCAACCAGACCUAACCAAUACCUAACCAAAUUAUAUCAAAUCUGAUAUCAAAGUCUUGCUUUUCAAGACCGGCUUCAAACGAACGAUAACUAAACAAAUAUGUUUUGUGAACAUCGAAAGACGGUGAAGACGAUUAGAUAAAGCAAAAAGUAUGUAGAUUAAAGCAGGUGAAGAAUAAGAUGUGGCUAAGUGGCUGAUGCGUGAAAGCAGGACCAGGCAGGGGAGGGGGCUAAAUCAGCCUGUAUCUCAUGUUCUUUAUGCGAUUGUUUAUGUAGCAGAAAGAUACGGUUGAAAAUGUCUUUUCCUAGAACAUAUCUUCUGAGAUUAUGAUGCAAAUUUUAAUAUUAUCAAUUUUUGACAGUUGCCAUAAGAACCAGCCUUUGAAAACCUACACUAAGACACAAAAUGCUCUUUAGCUUUCUUCUCAGUAGUUUCAUGAAGCCUUUUUUACUAUUCUAUAAACUGAUCUAAAGCUAAGUUCUUUAUGGUAUAUUCUAUUUUAAAUCUUGACAACAACAAUUUCUGUGUGUCCCUACCAAUUCAUUUACCUCUUUGAUACCUUUUCAGUAGGCUAUUCCCAGAAGUUCUUUUAUCUAUCUAAAUUAAAAUGUUUAAAUAUUUCCUAAGGCCUAACUAUUGCGUUUCAAUGUAAACUGUAGAACUUCCUUCUGUCCUCGUUGACUCGUGGUCCUGUUUUUAGCAUAAUUCCGGGCUUCCUCAAAACU